CAUGAUGCUCGGAUUAACUUCUGGCUUCGAGGAUGUUCUUCUUUUCCUGGCCCUGUUUGAUGGAGUGAGUUCGGUGUGACGGAUCGUUUCUGUUCGUAGGGUGUGCGGAAGUCGCGGCCCCUCGACGGAGUGUUUUGGUUCAAGAAUGUGAACCUUGUGAAGAUCUAUUCGUUCGUAUUUGCUGCCCAACAUCCAAGCGGUCGACUGGUAGCAAGAUGAAGAUUGAAGAAGUGGAAGAUGAGCCUCUGCACAGUGACAAGGAGUUGGAAGCUGCCAUGAAGUUACUACAGAGUUACGAGAAAGCACGGAGUGAAGGAGUUGCCCCAAAAAAUUCAGAAUUGGAGGCCUUGCUGGAUGCGAUGAAACAACAGCACGACCCUUCCACUGGAAACAUCACAUUGCCCAAAUUCGCAACCGAUCGAGCCCAGAGCGAGACCAUAGUUCCGAAGCCGUUCUUUGUCAUCAAAAGCCUGACCGUUCAAGGCGAAAAGAUUUUUAUCAACAUAUGCGGGUCUCCGAAGAUUCCGGCACCAGACGAGUGGCAAGAAGGGGUACCUGCCGAAGUAGAAGAAGCAGCAAAGGCGAGCAACGAGACUGGAAGCUUGUUAGACAUUCCCAACGUUCGCUUCCCUGUUAGCUGCUCGGAUCCUGUGACCUCUACCGACCAUGGUGGGAAAGCAUGCCGUGUCUUCGACAUGGUAUACAACUCUGCGAUCCUCGAAUUCACGAUGACGAAUAAGAAGAUGAAACUCUUUCUGAUUGAGAUGGCAACGACCUGGAUAUCGCAGAAGUACAGCCUCGAGCUGAGUUCUGACUUUAAGCUUCCACAUAUGAAAUACAAAGGAGAAGAUGUAGCUCGUCAGCAGAUCCGAGCAACAUCAACAGCUCCACUUGUUUCAGAAGUGCCAUGUGAUUCUAAUUUGGAGCCUUCAUUUGCUUUGCUCACAAAACCAAUAACCUCGAAGUCUCAAGCACCAAGAGCAAACGAGAAGUCCACACCCCGUUCUUCUAUAAUGUCAGCGGAUUUGUCCCCACAAGCAGCUUCAAGUCAUACAUCUUGUAAGCCUCUAGAAGAUAUUUCUGAACCAAGUUGUGACCAGCGGCCACGAGGUGGUGUCACUUCAACCGUUUCACCGGAAUCCGAGCAGUCAGUAAUGACCCUGCCGUCUGCUCAGGCACCCCCAUCACGAACGAACUCCUUGUCCUUGAGAAGCUCAUUGAGCCCACCAGAUGCUAUGCCAACGAACAGGAACGGUGAAAGAAAGCUGGCAGACUUGCUGCAGUUUCCUGUCGCUAAUAAACAUGUCGGACCACCUCUGAUUGAGAUGGCUUACAGUUCGCGACCUGCAGAUGCAGUAUUCGUGUUGAUAUCUUUUCCUCAGCGAGAACUCGAGGACUUGGAGGUCUUCGCGACUCACACUCAACUUCAUAUAAGAAAACAAUGUGAAGAGCCAAUUCAGAUUUUGCUGCCAUUCUGCUCUGAGCUUGAAGCGGCAGAUGCAUCCUAUGAAAUUUCAACAGGACUUUUAAGUAUAAAGCUUCCUUAUCUACCCUACGGCAAAGCCUUGGCUGAUGAUCGAGGAGCAACUUGAGAUUAAAUUGUUCAAGGGACUGCCUUUGCGUGAAGGACUUCGACGCCUACCGUGGCACAACCCUACCACGACCGUGGCAACGUCGGAAACUCGGUCCCUGUCACCGAACCUGACGUGCCGUACAACCGUGACAGGGAACGAAGGCGUGAGUGCAACUUCGUCGUAGGAGAGGAAACCACAGUCAGGCAUGGCCGAAUCCCGUAGGGCCCGACUUCCGCUCACGAGCCUCAAGUGUGGUGAGACACUCGGCGCUAGGAUCGAAGGACCCUCAUGUCGGUGAAAGUCCCCCGUCCCGACCGAAGACGGGACAGCUGGCGUCCUUAAACAGCGUCGUCCUGGGUGCACAGAGGGUUUAGAAAACAGACAGUUUCGAGGGACGCACAAUUUCCAGCUGGGGACUGAUGCGGACGAACAGGAAAUUCAAACACCAACCGCCCACGUUUGAACCGCGGUUCACGCUCCGUACACCGCGCUUUUGUUGGCCCUCCUCGUAUCAAUAAAUCUCCGGAUUUUGACGUUAAUUGAAUUGACUGGAUGGGCGGCUUUGCUUUGAGACGGUCACAGCUCUCGUGCAAGAAGUGAUUGUCUGGCAUCGAUGUCUUCGGACCUCUCGGCAAUUUGACAGCGUAGGGGUCGGGUGUUACCAGAGGUUUGGAGUGGAUUUCGUUCCUUUGCUGUCAGAAUAAUGUCCGUCAUCAGAAAAUGCUCAAAAGGCUGAUGUCUGGAAAUUACCUCAGGUGGAUCUUGUGAGUCGCCGAGAGGUCGGUGAAAGAAAUGCUAAGGUGUGUACGCUGAUGCUUGCUUGAUGCAUAGCACAGCACAUGCAUUCUGCAUUGCUUGCGGAGGAAUCACAAGAAGGAAGAGCAUGACACAAAAACACUAGCAUUACUGCACGAAAUCGUCGGGCUAGGAGCUCCUGUUGAUGUUUUUGUGACACUCACGUCCCGCCAAAGAGCAAAUAUGUACUUGAACAGAAGGCGGGCACGGAGGAAACUAUGCGGAUCGCCCCACUUGCAUGGCCCCAAGGCCAAGACCGGUCCCAAAGAGCCUUCUGGUCUCAACGAUGAUGAUCCGGACAUGCUCGCACUGGAGUCCUAGUCUGCCGGCACCCGAGUAAAGCACCCUCAGUAACUUGCCAAAGCCUGCAGUUGUUCCCAUCCCUGAUCGCUUACUACAACCAAAAUCCGUAAACAUUUUGGCUGACUGGAUGGAACUGAUUGAUGGCGCAAUCCAAGCACGUGUCGAAGUGACAACCCGAGAAGGACGACUCUGUCCGUAGCCGUAGACUUUUCUUCGACUUCCUCAUUAGCCAGAUUCAGCCUUGCUGCAACUGCGCAUACAAACUUCGUCCUUCUUGCAGUCACGCUGAUGGACGAAGUUUGUCUGUACCAUUUUCAUAGAGCAGGUUUGAAUUGCAGACGAAUCGUUCCUCCUGGAUCGUUUGCUCCGGUGGACAACCGGUCCUGAUGGUAGCGUGUGCCGAGAUUCCGAAAGUCUUGCGAAUCAUCUCCUCUCUCUCUCGAUUAGAGCAGAUCCAUUCUUCGCUUCCCUUCCGGUAGGCUCCUCAACAGUAUUAGUGUCUUCUUGUCCAGGAAAUUUUUGUCCAUACUGUAGUACUGCAUGCCCAGUUCCAGGCACCAUUCGCUCCCAAGUUUCAUGUCCGCCAAUCUGGACUGCGGUGGGACAUGUAAAGCUCAGACAAGACGAGCAUGACCCUCCAGGACGCGAGGAGGCAUCGGUUGUGCGGUUCUUUUAUAUCGUCCAAUAUCAUAUCACGGGAAGUACAGAAGUGGUUUUGUCUUUGAAAUAGGAGAGGUCAAAUCGUCGGUUACUUUGUCCUUGCCAUUCCACCUUCUGCUUAAUCUAAUUAUCAAACUCACCUACACUCAUUUGUAUUUUCUCUCUUUUCGCGUAACUUCUCUUUGAUCCACGUCGAGUCACAUCGUUGAGCAUCGGGUGAGGUACUGCCAUCGUUGGCAGAAUCGAUCUUCUGUACUCAAUCGCCAUCGAAUCUCAACCUGG